UUGAUUGAAUAAUAGUUUACAGAAAUUGAUGAUGAUGCUGAAGAAAUGAUUUCGACACCGAUUCAAAUAUCUACAAAAAAGUAAAUCAUGAUAUUAUAAGAGGGUCAAUAUUAUAUGUUUAUUGUUUAUAGAUUAUCGACUUAAAAGUAAGUUUAUAGAUAUAAUAAGUUUGUAUCAUCUCUAAACAUUUUAGACGGACAUUGUUAGACUCAGUAGAAGACACAAUACUACUUUUGAUAAAUAUGGGUGCUAAAGUAACAACUUGCACCGUUCCGAAAAUACCUAUUCAUUUAGCCUUAUUGACUAUAAAUUCAAACAUUUUGAAAGCCGUGUUCGAUGCUGGAGGAUCUCCAAAUUAUAUUUUAUCCGAUGAGAAUUAUAAAUUAAAUUUAUUACACAUGGCUGUUAUGAUGCCCACAGACUACAGCGUUGUCCAGUGUAUUAAAGUUUUAAUUACACAUCACGUCAACCCAAAUUUAAAAGCAUUACCUAUGUUUAGUAUUUUUCGACAUGAAUUACCAUGGAGUAAAAUAUCAAAUGAAACUAAUGCUUCUAUGACACCUAUAGACAUUUUUUGCUUAAAAGAGAAUAUAUACGAAUUAGAUGAAGAAUUAAGUGUCGAUGAGCAAUCAGAAAAUGAAUUAGCCUCUAUACUUUAUGACGCUACGGAGAAAAGUCAUACUUAUUGCGGUUUUAAGCCCAUAGCUUUGGCUAUGUUAACAGGAAAAUUACAUUUGACCAAAACGUUUUUGGAAAAAAAUAAAUCAGUUGUAAACGAAAACAUUUCUGGUUUUGGAACUCUAUUGUCAUUAUUACUUAAUCCAUUUUACAACUUCAACUUAUCAAAUACGAAACUAAAUAAACUGUUGGAUUUGUUGUUAAAAUCAAGUUCUAAUCCUUUAAAGAUUGUUAAGAUUUUAGUUAAGAAAUUCAGAGGCAAUAUUUGUGAAUAUUAUUCCAGUUUAUUUGAAUCAAAAAAGCUCAGUGGAGAAAUACACCCAUCGUGCUAUUCAAAUAUCUCUGGAAUAGAGAAGAAAUUAAGAAAUUCUGGUAGACAAAUCUUAGAUAGAAGUUAUUCAAAAAGAGCUACUUUUGCACUUAUAAAUGAUUAUAAAAACCCUUUAUUAUCAGCUGAUGAAAAAAUGGCAAUGUUGCAUUGGCUGAAUUUGGGUAAUAUAAUGUUGAUGCAUCAGGCAACAGUUGUAAAGAGGUCCAAUAAUCAGUUAUUUACGUUUAGAACUAUAAAAAAUAAUACAUUUGUAUGCAUCAAUAUUCUAUACUAUAUUUCAGAUUUACGAUUCAAUUUAAAAAUUAAUUUAUUAUUUAGAAUUUAAAAGAAAAAAAGAAAAAUGAAAUAUACGCAUUAUGUUUACAACAUAUUA